AGGCUACUUGUACUUCCCGCCCCUGCUCAUAGACAAUAAACAAUGACAAAUGUUCCUUGUGCCGGUUGUAUCUGUGAGUCAUGUUGAUUAUUUUGCAAGUAUAAGAAUUCGCUGUUAUAUGAGCCACUUCUUAGAUAGAAUUCGGUCGUGUAGCGUCAAAUUUCUCUAGAAGAGCCCCCCCACUCGCCGUCAAGGAGCUCAGUAGCCUGUAUUCAUAUGGCAAGAACCAUCUUCAAAAGUUAGUCUUUCAGUCUUGUUGUUGUUUCUAAAACGAACGACGGUGUGUCAGAUGGACGGGGCUCACAACGACGCGAGGCAACGAAGACGGACCACGAGUGCGGGUCUACUACGCACGAUCGUCGGUCUCGGUCCAGUUUCCUGCUCGAGAAGUGCUGUCAACAUUCACUUUCUUUGUCUCUCCGUGCAGCUUGAGCAGCUCCUUAACAUCACGCAGCUGGCGUCCGCCUUCACCGUGGUGCGCAGGAAAACCACGAAGAAGAUCGUCAAGGCGAAAAUCAUCAAGCGAGGAACAGCUGAGGAACACGUACACGACGACGACAAUGCUCCUCAAAACAAGGUUGAUUUGCCUCCUCUAGCAGCGGAGCCACUAGCAGAUGAAGAAGAUAACCUGCAGCAAGAAGUAGACCACGACGUAGAGGAUGGUGGUCCUGCUCGAGAUCUUCGGCGGCGUCAGCUAUUGGAGAAUUCCGGGCCAGCGCCAGCAUCAAGCACCUCGACCAACAGGAGCACUAGUUCUACGGCUUCUACGUCCGCCAGUAAAAACGUUGUCAGACCACGUCGCGAAGUAGAAGAUGAGCCCUCCUCGUCCACGCGCAGCUCUACUUUGUCAUCUGUGCUCUCCGCGGUCUCCUCAACAUCCACGACGGAACAUGAAAGAACCAAGGAAGCUACUACAUCGACAAAAGAACGCAGCAGAAAAACGAGGUCCACGAGGACCAAUUAUAAGGCCGGUUCGUUUUCCACACUGCGACAGACGUUUCUCGCAAGGAAGAAGCGGUGCGUCGACAGACCCGUCGCCGUGGCCGCUGAGUCCACGGAGUCGGGAUCUGGUGCAACGGACGGGGCGAUCGGCGGCGGAAGCGAGACGAUCGGCGAGGAGGGCUCGCCGUCCCAAGGCCCACCUGGACCACUCUUCGACUACGCGAAUCCCAAUUCCGAAGACAUUUUUCAGUACCUCGACCCCUCCCCGGAGGCUGCAGAGGCGCACGAGCAACUUUUGCGCAAGAAAAAUCCGGGUUUCGGCUGGGACACGGAGCCGCCCCGGAAACCAACGUGCCGGCGGAUUGCGGGCAUCCGCCCCAGCCACGAAGCGCUGAACGUGAUCCUGGUGCCGUUCCAAUGGCACAUGAACGACGACUGGGUCUCGUGGCGCCACGCCGUACACACGGUGAUUUACGGACCGACGGGGAUUUUCAACAACGGGCACGAACAGCAGAUCAACUCGAAGGACGGGCACCUGACGCACUUCCCCAUGUACGACGCGGGUACGGGCAACGAGUACCUGAACAUCUGGCGCGUGGAUGCGCUGGCCGAGACCGACGUGCCGGACCCGAACCGCAAGUAUGUCGACUACGAGUGGUGGGCGAGCAGCAAACGUCCCGACCUCCGGAAGCCCGGGAGCAAAGCGGAUCUGUGCUGGACGAAGCAGCCCAUCGGGUCGAACACCGCGGCGGGGGAAUGCGAUCCCCGGCUGUGUUCCGAGGAACAGGUCGCUCAAAAUAUAUGAAUUGCAAAAGUAUCGUACUCGUAUAAAUGCAUUACAAAUUUUUCAGCAAGAGAAAUAAAAUUUGUAGUGCGGAUUUGCCUUAAUAAAAAGAUUUGUAAUGCGAGACUCGAAUACGAUACUUUUGCACAGGAUAAAAUACCUGCGGCUGCGACCGCAUCCACUGCGACUACGAGUACUGGAAAGAGUUCGGGAAGGAGCACUGCGGUAUUCUUAGUAAAAACGUCCCCACCCCAGAGUUGUCAUGCAGAUUUGCGACUACAGGAACAUUUGUCAUGCGCAGACCCAAGAGAGGUAUUUUAAGUCGUGUUUUGGUAUUUGUAAUGCUGGAAACAGGAUGAGCAGAUGGAUUUGUGAUGCGAUUUCCGUUGCUAACCUGCACCACACUACGGACUGCAACUUGUCAUGCAUGCCUCCCAAAACUUCUGGAUUUGUGUUGCCAAGUUCCCAACUUGACUAUGGGGUGGGGACGCUUUUACAUUUGAUAUGCGGCCAGCAGAUCCACGUGGGCGUCAUCGUGCUUCCAAACGUGGAGGCAAUUAACGAGAAUCACAUCACGAUGGCGGGCGCCGCCGCGGUUCACGUGGGCGCGAUGCACGUGGCGUUCCGGGCCGUGGAUCAACUGGCAGGGUACCGCAACGACUUCCUGGUCGGCCGCACCAUCGCCCACGAACUGGGGCACGCCCUGUGGGGGCUGGUGGAUGAAUACAACACCUGCUAUCCACAGAAAAUGAAAAACCAAAAGGACCGAUGCUCAUCCACUCUGUUGCAGCAUGAAGACAUCAAGCAUGCACAGGCUUGAUUGAUGCAUGUUUUAUUAAAUGAUGACAGCAAGAGCAAAUUGGAUGGGGAUCGUGCUGGAUUUUUUGUUGUUGAUACCUGCUAUCCCAAGGAGGACGAUCCGGACCACUGCCGGCCGCAGCUGUCGGUCGAGAACGCGCAGCAGGCCAUCAGCAACGUCUAUCCAAGAAAAAAGCUGUGUUCGUGUAGGUGUCUUGCUGGGAUGUCAGCAUGACAAAACUGUUCAGAAUGUUAUACAGAUGAAAGCCUGUGGUCAACGACAUGAACAUAUGCAGCUAGUACCACAUGAAGACUAGAAGACACAUGAUACGAAAUAGCACCUCAUGGUUGGCAUUGGCAAGCAUGACAAGUGUACUUAACUGUGUUGCAUGCUUUGCGUUCUUACAGAUUUACACCUACACAGCUUUUUUGUUCCAUAACUUUGCCCCCAACUGCAGUCCAGACUCCAACUGCAAUGGCUGGAGGGAUCUGAUUGAUGCCGGGUUGGCGCAGUGCACGCAGACGCACAGGGAUAACAUCAAGUCCGGCUUCUGCUUCGGCGAGCAGGACUUCUAUCGUAAUGAAAAAUCCCGCCACCUCCCCAUCCUCAAACUACCGGAAUCUUCCUUGUGAUGCUGAUUUGUGACCUCAACCGCAUAUCGAUAUCAGGUCUGUCUUGCAGAUGGCGUAAAAAGUGCGAACCAUUUGGCGCGUUCUGCAGCCAAUCUGCAAUACGUUUUUGCCCACUUCUCGUGCAAAGCUGUCUGCCAUGAAGAUGCCUAUCUUCUAUUCUUUUGCACACCCAAUCAGGCUUAGAAAAUGCCUCCAAGCCCUUACUGCAAAAAUGCGCCGCUUUGUGUACUACAGAAAAUAUCCAGCUACAGAAGUUUCCUUUUUUGUAUGGGGUGGGGGCUUUUAUGUUCACUUUGAUAACUUCGUCGGCGAGGACAGCGUCAUGAACGUGCACUACCAUCACGACUCGGCUUUCGGCGCCGUGAACGAGCGGAUCAGCUGUUGCAAGAUCGUUCUGCUUUUUGACGAGGCGAUAGCUCACGUAGGAGGUGGAGACUACCGAGGGGCCUACUACCCAAAUAUGCCGGGGUACUGCAAAAAGUUUAUGGAGGACGGCUUGAACCUGUUCAACUACUGCCAAAACGAGGGCCUAUGGCGGUACACUAAUCUGAACAUGCAACUGGGCGCGUUUGCCACGGGUUUGUUCUCCAAGCAGUCGCUCGGCUGCGACGAUGUCAGCGCCGACACCACGGGGACGUCCUUCGUCUGUGUUGAGGACCCGGAGCAGUGGUUGCUAUUCAUGCAAUUGAAAGAAGAAGAGUCGAUGUCCUCAUCUUCUGCAGCAACUACCACUGACGAUGAUGAACAAGAAGGACCACGACCACGACCGGCCCCUGCCGUGUGGACGCUGAAGAGAGUCCCGGCUUCCUCCUCCGUGUUGCGCGAGCUCGACCUGACGGCCCAGCAGCGGCUGCACACGCAUCUGAAAACUUCUCUGACGGACACGAUCGCUGGGCUGGCGGAGGAAUUAGGCAACCACCUGGCGCUGCAGACCGGCGGGCAGGGUGGAGAGAGCUUCCUCUGGAGUUCUUCAGAUUCAUCUUCGAAAAAUAAUCGACGCACCGUCAGGAACCCUCCGCCGAUUCAACAAAGUGUUGUAACAGGAGGCUCAUCAAAUGGAAAUGCAGACUUGACGUCCUCAUCGCCAAAAAAUCUGCUCGCCACAACUUCCGACUCGCUCUGUUGCGGGGGCCAAAAGCAAAGCACUAGCUCUUUUUUGGAAGUAGAAGUAGAAGAACAUCAUCACCACCAACAACAAACCGAAGUAGAAACGACGUCGGAAAUAACAACUACUUCUACAUCAGAGGUGGAACAAAAAAGUGGAACCGAAAUAAUAAGAGACGAAAAAGAAAUCCACGAGGACCCGGGUCCAUCUGAUAGUUCUGCGGAACAACAAGUAGCAACCGCAACUACAACAGGCCCUCCUACAAGUACGGGGACGACUGUCAGUAGUUCCAAUAGAAGCAACUCCAGCUCCGCGACCACGUCAGCAAUGAACCAAAAUGCUAGUCGUGUACUAGAAGAAGUUCAACAUCUGGAUGUUCCUCGCCCCGCCGCCCCCAGCAGUAGCGAUAACAAUAACUCAACAUCUACAACUUCAUCUUCCAGUUUGUUUCAAACGGAGCUGGAGGAAAAGAUUUACGCGGCCUUGCGCGACGUGCUAGCCGCGCAGGAAGCGAUGUUUGCAGGGAGUAGUAACAAGGACGACGAGAACAUUGUGAAUAAAACUCAAGAUGAAGCAUCUUCAGCAUCAAAAACGGAAGAAGUAGAAGACCAAGGUCAACAAAAAAUAGUGGAUCAUCAUCAUGAUCAUGAAAACGAAUCCUCUGCAUCAAAUAAAAACUACACCACCCCUUUAGACUUUGUCGAGCGUCUGACCGAAAUUGCCACGAUGCUGCGCCAAGCGAACAUCACCAACGGAACGACCUACGAGGCCGUCCACCAACUCCAGGAGCAGUAUGAGAAACUAGCGAUUUUGAACGAGAAAGUAGCAGGAACACCAAACGAUAAAAAAUCAAACACAUCUUCCACUUCCAAGCUUUCCGCUGCCGUGUCUGCGCACUUUGCUGGUAAACUAUUUCCGACGUCGGAGGUCGAGGGCGAGAGCGAAACGAUGCUGGAACUCAUGCGCCAGCGGAUGACGACCUGGGAUCGUCGGAAUUGUGGCUACCUGGUCAUUCGCGUAGAGUCUUCAUCUACCUCCAACUCGUCGAGUAGCAGCACAAGAACUCCUUCGCGUAUCAUCCGCAAGGCGACCUGUUUGGAGAUUACCUCGUCAAAGACGGUGGCAAAGCCAAAGCCCGUCGGACAAGCAGCCGGUGCAUCUUCUGGCGCUUCUAGUAGCUCAUCUUCAAAACAACCAGGAGCCGAUGAAAUCGCAUUGGAGGGGCCGGCGUGGCUGCCAAGAACGAACAUGCAGUUGACGCUACGCCGAGGAGAAACGCCGACGAUUCAGGAAGAGAAAAUGUUCGCAUAACGGAUACCGAUACGUAGAUAUGGCUCAGAUAAAGCAUUUUCAUUUUGUAUUUGUUCUUGAAAGAAAGCUGCGGCCUUCGUGCAUGUAGUUUUUUCCCCGAUGUAGAGUGUGUGUGUGUGAUCGAUGCUGACAUUGAUAAAAGCUCGACAAGCUUGUUUUUCCUUUUUUUUCGAUUUUUUCGUGAUCGUGCUGUUUUCCAUUGAUUCCCUAUAUCUGUUCAUCCAUCUACAGCGUUUUACAUUUGCAGCUAGCCGUGCCAUAUUGCAUUCAACUCAACUAAGCACGCAAAGAAAAUGUUGUGGUAGAAGAUCCCAAUUAUUUUUAUUUCGAUGGUGGACCACGUGUCAUCAUUACUUUUUUCCCCUUCCGAUUCAAAUAAGUACAAAAACAAGAGUAUAGCAAUAGCCCUUGUUCCCCAUCCCCGUUCUUGUAUCCGAAAAAAAGUUAGUAGCAGUUUGAGGACGUGCAGGUUUUGUGAGUGCCACACGGCACGCACCACGACGGUCAGUGGGGAGCCGGCAUUCCGACGACGACACUUCUAACACUAGUGUUCCUGCUCCUGCUGCCUCUUCGUCGAGACAGUAUCGUUGAUCAUAACCCAAAAAUGUAAGUAGC